AUACUCUGCGUCAGCUUAAAACAAUCUUGUGUUUCCGACGACAAUGCAGAAUAUGGGGCAGCAAAGACUCUUUCCAGAAGGUUGGGCAAAAAGAGUAUCAUCAACCAGUUUAAAAAUAGAUGAUAUUAAUCUUUGUAAAAAAAAUAAAUUGAAUGCUUUUCCUGAAGUUCCUAUCGACGUUAAUGGAGUAAAAAGAGCUGGUGAAGCAGUCGAUCGAGUGAUUGAAACUAUUCAAAAGAAACGAAACCAGAAAACUGGGAAUAGUAACACAGAAUUAUAUACCAACAAUUCUGGUCAAACACUCUUCAAAUCUUCACAAUCCAAAAUACCAAGUUUCCUUGUACAAAAAUCACGUGUUCAACGAAUGAUUGAUGACUUUCUUAACAAAGCUAAAAAACGUGGUUUAUACACCAAAAUAAGUAAAGAAAGAUGUAAUCCUCAAGAGGUGAUACACAAUCAUUCAAUACAUCAAAGUAUACCGGUUAAAUCUAUUCAUCACCAUCAAGAAUAUAAUCAAAAUUUUAGGGAUUAUUCCCCAACAAAAAAAGAGAAUAUAGACUUCGCAUCUGACUUGAAUGAUAUAAAUAAUAAUACUUUUAAUCAAGAAUUUCAUGGUACAUAUUCAUCAGGAUUUCAUUCUCCAACUUUCAGUAUUCAUUCAAACUCACCAGAUAUAUUUGAAAAACACAGAAAUCAAAUCACUUCAAAUACUUAUACACACCAAUCUAUAAACUUACUUGAUAAUAAUGAGUUUAAGAAAAGAAAUUUUUCUGUCUUUGAAAAUCCCUGUGAAAUUCAUCAAGAUUUCAAUUCUAAUCGAAUAACUAUACAUUCUAAUUCACUAGUUAAUAGUUUUCCAUUAUACUGUCAACGCCAACAGAAUUCUUCACCACAACAAAAAAUCCCUUUUCAUAUUAAAGAUCAAGAAAAUAUAAGUGAUUAUAAGGAUCAGACAAAUAAUUUUACAAAUAGCAACAAACAAAAUAUGCCUAUUAGGAAAAAUGAAGGAAAACUUUUACAGUUUCAUUAUACUAAAUCUAAAUUUUUAUCUGAAGACCAAAAUACUGAUAAAGAAUUUACAUCUUAUGAUGUUGGAUUAUGUAAACGAUGCAAUAAAGUAUACAAUAAAUAUACAAUUGAAAAUGAUGAUAACUGUAAUAUAUUUCCAAAUUCAGAUCUUACUACUCAAAACAAUUUCAGUAGUCAGAUACCUUCAAAAAUUAAUUGGAAGCCUAACUUUUCUAGUCAACAGUAUGGUUCAGAUACUAGAAAUUAUUAUUCUACACAAGACAAUUAUAAUGAAUUUCAGGAAUUUAUUAAUCAUUCUAAAGUCAAACAUUAUACUACCACAGAUCCUGAUAAGAUUAGAAGUGUCAAACAUUGUAGUUGCUGUGUGCAUAAUUAUUUUAGAAAUCUAAAUAACCGAAACUUUUCACAACCUAACUAUAAAGAACCAAUGAAUCAGAUGACCAAAUCUCAUUCAUAUUCAUUUAAAAAUGAAAAUGGUUCGCAUAAUGAAUACUAUAACUUACAAUCUGUUGAUAUGAACAGACAAAUUAAUCAUAAAUUAAACGAAACAUUUACAAUUAAUAUACCUCAUCUAAACAAUCAUAAUGAUAGAUUUCAUGAAAGUGAAGAAGGCAAUCAGUGUUAUUGCAUAGAAGAAGUUGAAAAUCCACGAUAUAAUGAUAAUGUUAUUGUUGAUUUAAGACUAAAACACAAGAGAGAUAUUCAAUCACCAGUUUCAUCUCAUUUUAAACAAAAAAUAAUCAUUUUAAAACAACCUAAAGUCUCAAACAUUUCUACGCAAACAGACAAACAAAAUGAAGAAUGUCAGGAAAAAUUCUGUAGGCUAUGCAAAAAACAAAAAACUUUCAAUACUGAAUCGGUUGAUAAAACAAAGGCUAUUGAAGAUUUAGAGACUAAACAGAGAUAUUCUUCUCAAUUAAAUGAACAAUAUUUACCAAAUGAAACUAUUCUCACCUCUGACUGUUAUGCACAUCGACAGAUAUCACCAUAUAAUAGUGAAAAUCAAUUGCCUAAAGCGCUUGCCACAUCAACACCACUUGUUCAAUGUAUAGAUUAUAAUAAAACUAUUCAUGAGAAUAAAUCAAGCAUAAAUAAGUCGAAAUUCUACUACAGUUUUCAGAUGCCUAAAAGUAUACCAGAAGAGAAUAAUACUCAUGAUAUAACAAAUAGUUUAAAUGAAACCGCUGAAUCUUUUAUUACGAUGAAUUUAUUAAAAGUGGUAGGUAAAAGUAUAUCACUGGAAAAUAUCAAUUAUAUUGAUAAUGAAGAAUAAAAAACAAAAAACCGAAGUGAUUAUAUAAUAUAUUUAUUCUGUUAACUUUUCCUCUUUACACAUAUUAUACAGUAUAAUGUGUUGCCAAUUUUUCAAUAAACAAGUUUCACCUACUUU